CGUUCUCUUGAACGGAAGUGAACUUCCUUGCCUUGCCGUUACGCGUGUUCUUGUUCCUGUCGGUUGGUUUGUAUUUGGUGGUGCGCCGUUUUAAACGUUUUAAGCGUGUUAAAGGAAUUGGUUUGAGAAUGACGACAGAUCAAGAGACUGAAACUUUUUACUGUAAAGCGCUCGAGCUCGUAAAGGAAGCUGGCACGAUCGUACGGAAAGCGAUUGGCAAAGGCAAGAAUAUAGAGACGAAAACGGAUUUCUCUGACCUGGUCACGGAGUCCGACAAAGAGGUGGAGAAGCUGAUAAUCGGGAAACUGAGGGAAGAGUUCCCGAAUCACCGAUUCAUUGGAGAGGAAUCCGUGGCGGCAGGUUUGAAGAGUGAGCUAACUGCCGAACCGACGUGGAUUAUUGAUCCCAUCGACGGGACGAUGAAUUUCGUGCACGGGUUUCCUGUUGUAGCAGUUUCUGUUGCUCUAGCAGUUGACAAAAAGGUUGUCUUGGGUAUCGUGUACAAUCCAAUCCUUGACAGGAUGUACACUGCUCGUAAAGGAAGAGGAUCCUACUGCAACGGAGAUAAGCUUCACGUUUCUGGAAACAUGGAUAUUUCUAAAGCGCUGAUUGUCAGUGAAGUGGGAAGCUCCCGUGAACCAACUAGGAUAGAAUUUGCGUUUCGGAACAUGCAAAGAAUCACCCAGAAAGCACAUGGGCUACGUUGCAUGGGUUCCGCAGCACUGAACAUGUGCUUUGUGGCUGCCGGGGAGGCUGAUGCCUACUACGAGUUUGGGAUUCACUGCUGGGACAUGGCUGCUGCAGCACUCGUGGUCACGGAAGCAGGCGGGGUCGUCAUGGACACAGAGGGUGGGCCCCUGAACCUGAUGAAUCGUCGGGUCAUCUGUGCCAGCUCCAGGGCUCUAGCGGAUGCCGUCAGUCAGACUAUUGAACAUGUGCAGUUGGAGAGUGACUAGACCUACAUGUUGUUGUCAGGUGUUCAAGUGAGAUAAUUAUAGUUUAAGCAUUUUGUUUUGUGCCCAUCGCUAUGUUUGGAAUGCCGUGAAUAUUUUGAACUAUUGUGCAAUGUAUCUGGACCAGUGUGCUGGCUUACUAGUCUGACUGUGGAAGGUGCUUUAACAGUGAGAAAUGAUUUAUAUGUGGCCAUUUGGGUGUCAAUUUCGUACCUUAGAGGGAGAGGAAAUAAACGAAGGUUUACAAUUUUCGCCAUUCCCACAAAGAAAGCUGCCGGUUUGCAAAUUUAUCAAAUAUAUUUACAAAAUAUUUUAGGCACUUAAUAUUUCUAUAGUUCUUUUCUGCGAUUUGAAAGUGAGUGAUCGCCCUUUCCAUUUCUACUUUCUCGUGUAAUAGUUUUGAUUGUGUUCUUCAGUUUAGUUGUGUGUACAUGCUUGAAGUGAGCAAUAAAAAAAGAUAAAAAUAA